UUGGCUGUUCCGCUCUUUCAACGUUUGAAGAGAUCCGAGAGAUGCUCUCGUCUCUUCGCUGGAUAAAUCGAUCCCUGGGAGUGCUAUUUGCGCACUAAUUCCUCGGUGGUUGUGCUUGUUUCCUCUGAAUUCGAAGAUUUAGGUACAUGAAUGGAGGACUCUACUUCUAUGGCGAAUCCACCCCUAGAGGAGUUCUAUAUCCCAAGUUACAUAAUGUCACCAGAAUUAGAAGCUGAGUCCAUUGAUUAUAUACCCACUUGUCCUGUAAUAGUUUUCAUCAAUUCCAAAAGUGGUGGUCAACUUGGCAGUGAUUUACUUAUAACAUAUCGUGGGCUUCUCAAUAAAGCACAGGUUAUUGAUUUAGGUGAGGAGGCUCCUGAAAAAGUUCUGCACAGACUUUUCUGCAAUUUUGAGACACUUAAGUCCAAGGGUGACACCCUUGCUGCUGAGAUUGAGAGGAGAUUGAGAAUCAUAGUUGCAGGUGGUGAUGGUACUGCAAGCUGGUUGCUCGGAGUAGUUUCUGAUCUUAAACUACCUGCGCCACCUCCUAUUGCUACAGUGCCUUUGGGAACUGGAAAUAACCUUCCCUAUUCAUUUGGUUGGGGAAAGAAAAACCCGGGUACAGAUUGUCAUUCUGUAAAAUCUUUCCUUGACCAAGUAAUGAAAGCAAGGGAGAUGAAAAUUGAUAGCUGGCACAUUAUCAUGAGGAUGCGAGCUCCUGAAAAAGGUUCAUGUGAUCCAAUUGCUCCUUUAGAAUUGCCACAUUCCUUGCAUGCAUUUCAUCGUGUGUCAACUGAUGAUUCACUUAAUAUGGAUGGUUAUGACACAUAUCGUGGUGGAUUCUGGAACUACUUUAGUAUGGGGAUGGAUGCUCAAGUGUCCUAUGCAUUUCAUUCAGAGCGCAAGCUGCAUCCAGAAAAGUUUAAGAACCAAUUGGUUAAUCAGAGUACUUAUGCUAAGCUUGGAUGCACACAAGGAUGGUUUUGUGCUUCUCUUUUUCACCCUUCUUCAAGGAACAUAUCCCAUCUUGCAAAGGUGAAGAUCAUGAGAAAACAUGGGCAAUGGGAAGAACUACACAUUCCUCAGAGCAUCAGGUCAAUUGUGUGUCUUAACUUGCCAAGCUUUUCUGGAGGAUUAAAUCCUUGGGGAACUCCAAAUAGACGGAAGGAACUAGAAAGGGGCUUGACUGCACCAUUUGUGGAUGAUGGUUAUCUUGAGGUUGUCGGUUUCAGAGAUGCCUGGCAUGGACUUGUUUUACUUGCUCCUAAAGGACACGGAACUCGUCUUGCACAAGCUCAUCGAAUUAAGUUUGAAUUCCACAAGGGUGGUGCUGAUCAUACAUACAUGAGAAUCGACGGUGAACCAUGGAAACAACCUCUACCGGCAGACAAUGACACUGUUGUCGUAGAGAUAUCUCAUCUUGGUCAGGUUAACAUGUUGGCAACUGAAGGCUGCUUAUCUAAAAGCAUCCAUGAUCCUUCAAUUCCAUCAAAUGGUCAUAAUGACAACGAAGAUGAAGACUCUGAUGAUUCUGAAGACUCUGAAGAGAGACGGAAGUUUGGCGCAGCAGAAACAUUUAAAUUCCCGGAAAAUCUCGACUUCUCUCAUAUGAGUUAAGCUUAGAAAAGACUGCUGCAUAACAAAUAAAACAUUAGCUAGAAGAUGUGCGAAUUCGGACAGAGUUAGAGGCCUGUAAAUUCAAGAUUGCAGCAAGCCUCUUCCUAAUGUGAAUUAUUUUUGUAAUUUGUGAUUGCAGUGCUGGUCUAUGUUUAUUGGAAUGCUAAUUUUAUGCAUUAAUUUUUUUUUUUGUGGUU